GUGUGUUAUAUGUCAGUCGUAAAUUGUAGCGCCAUACGAACGGACGGCAUUUGUGCGCUUCAGUUGUACCGAAUCGUGUUGUGUGCAUCAAAACGACGUCUGAAUUUUGUUCAUUAUUAUUGUUAUUAUUUUCUUUCGUAAUAUCAUUUAUUUUCUUUAGUUUCUAAUUUUCGGUUUAAUUUCUUUUUAUUUUUCGUUUGUGACCAUUUUCAUCGUUUAAUUCCACGUAUCAUUUUGGAAGAGUUUUUUUUUGUUUUGAUUUUAUUUGUAUGACCCAUCGUAAUGUCAGAUAUGGUUUUGCGUCUUUGGCAUUGAAAUGAAAUAUAGUAUUUGAAAAAUACAAAUCAAUCAUUGGAACAUUUAAUGGAAAUUAAAAAAAAAAUAAUUAGCAUAGUCAGUAAAAAGUAACACGAGAAUAAUUUCAAGUGCCUGACGGAAAUUAUUGGAAGUACGGUGAUAUGUAAAUGUCAUAUAACAUUCUAAGAAUUGAUUAUAAAACGUAAUUUAAACGGGAUUGGUGCGAACGAGACAAAGAAACACAUCCUGAAAUCAUAAUGGCAGUAAAUGCCGCUUUCGAACCAGAUAAUGGCGAGGAAACACCCGCAUCAUCAAUACCACAAUCGAAAAACACAUCAAAUGAUGUGCACAAUAAACGAAUACCAAAUGAAAAUACCGCUUUACAUUUAGACACUUAUUUUGCGGACGAAAAAAUUAUAAUACCAAAUAAUGAGGGAUUCAGUUUCCGUAAGUUAUGGGCGUUUACAGGUCCAGGAUUCCUGAUGUCAAUUGCAUACUUGGAUCCGGGAAAUAUUGAGAGUGAUCUUCAAUCGGGAGUUAUUGCUCAAUAUAAAUUGCUAUGGGUUUUGAUGACAGCCACCAUUUUGGGAUUAGUUAUGCAACGAUUAGCCGCACGGUUGGGUGUCGUGACUGGCCUUCACUUAGCAGAAAUGUGCUAUCGGCAAUACAAAACGUUUCCUCGUUUAGUUUUGUGGAUAAUGACCGAAAUAGCUAUCAUUGGGUCUGACAUGCAAGAAGUCAUUGGAACUGCCAUUGCCUUAUACUUGUUGUCCAACAAAUACAUUCCCUUGUGGCUUGGAACGUUGAUAACAAUAAUCGAUACAUUUUCAUUUUUGAUGCUUGACAAAUAUGGCCUACGAAAGCUAGAACUAUUGUUUGGCUUCCUCAUAAGCGUAAUGGCAGUGACAUUCGGCUAUGAGUAUAUACGAUCCGCGCCGAGUCAAAUCAGUGUUUUGGAAGGCAUGUUUAUUCCUUGGUGCAAGGAUUGUGGAUCAAAUGAAUUAUUACAAGCUGUUGGAAUUGUUGGCGCUGUAAUCAUGCCACAUAAUUUAUACUUACACUCAGCUUUGGUUAAGUCACGUGAUGUAAACAGAAGGGAUCCAGCUAAAGUUCGUGAUGCCAAUAUGUACUUUUUCAUCGAAGCCUCUAUUGCCUUGUUUGUGUCAUUCAUCAUAAAUGUAUUUGUGGUUGCGGUUUUUGCACAUGGACUUUUUCAAAAAACCAAUAUCGAAAUCGUUCAAUCGUGUCAGGGUAGACCACAGGAUCUAUAUGAUGAAGCUGUGAGAAUGUUUGGCAAUAAUACCGACAUUGUUGAUGCUGAUUUGUACAAAGGUGGCAUUUUCCUCGGUUGUACAUUUGGAGUUUUCGCCUUGUAUAUUUGGGCCAUUGGCAUUCUGGCGGCCGGUCAAAGUUCAACGAUGACAGGCACUUAUGCAGGACAAUUUUGCAUGGAAGGUUUUUUGAAUUUGCAAUGGGCACGAUGGAAGAGAGUUUUUGUGACUCGAUUAAUUGCAAUCGUUCCCACAUUUUGUGUUGCAUAUUUCAGUGAUAUCCAAGAUUUGACUGGAAUGAAUGACAUUCUGAAUGCUGUAAUGUCUUUACAAUUGCCAUUUGCUGUUAUUCCAACAAUCGCAUUCACAUCAAGUGUGGCCAUAAUGGGUGAAUUUGUCAAUGGCAUCACCAAUAAAAUUCUGUCCAUUCUUUUGUUCAUUCUUGUCAUUACGAUAAAUAUCUCAUUUGUUACGGAUCAAUUGGAAAAGGCCCAUUUAGAUUGGGGAUAUUUCACUUUAGUUGUCGCUUUCAGUGUUCUGUACAUAAUAUUCAAUAUUUAUUUGCUUAUUCACAUGGCGGUUUGUAUGGGAAAUCAGCAGCUGGGCAAUUCAUCGAUCGUACAAAAGUUUGUAAUACCAAACGAGAAUACGUUCCAGAAUGAAAUGGCACAUAAUUCCUAUUCUAGAAUGACUGACUCAUAGCCGCUAUUGAAUUCAUUUCAUUUUGAUGACGAUUCUUCAGACGACAUAGAUAUUGCAUAAACGAAAUUGUAUUUCGUCAAAGAAAAGCCAUAAACGAAUCUGGCAACCGUAUUUUUUAAAGAAGAAACCACAAAAAAAAAACAAGAAAAAAACAAGCAGCAAUAAGAAUUCAAUCAUGAACAUAUAUAGAAUAAUACUUGUGAUUUCGUAAUAAGAAUACAGCACGAAUCAUUUGGUAGACUAGACUUUUGUUAUAAUUAAUGGAAAAGUUUUAUGAGAAUUGUUUUUGAAUUGAAAUUGAAUAUUUUUAAUAAACCAAAGUUUGAAGACUAAAUACAAAAAAUGU